UUCAGAUGAACACCUUUGUUAUUAACUAUAGUCCUCUGAACAGUGAUGGUCCUUGAUAUCAAGCUAUUUGGCAUCGUAGAAAAAAAACAACUUUAACGGAGAGAAGCUGUCCUUCUGCCAUCUCAAAAAACAAACCCUCAACAGGACACGUCAUCAGAGCACCACUUUCCUUUCUUGAGUAACGGAGGUUUCAUGCUAACAGCGUUCUGUAACCACUAGUGCUGCUUGUUGCCUGGUUUCAGUUUCAUUUCCAUUAUUGAGGAAACAACCUACAGGGAGUUGCCUGCUUCAUCACAAACACAUCAGACCCGACUCCUGCCUGCAGCACACAGAUACAGGAUGAUGAAGGUCUCAGGAACAAUCGUGAUUUGCUGUGCAGCUCUGACCCUCGUCCUCACAUCUGUGUCUGCUGUACCAAGACUCAACUCCAUCGAUGACCUGAAGAAAGUCGACUUUGGCCAGUCUGUGCCCACUCGAGGUCUUGUGCUCCUCCACUGGUUUGCCAACAUAGUCGACAUUGACAACAACAACAUCAUACGGCUGCCAUUUGACCCAGACAGCGGCGAUUACGGCUCACAUCAUUAUGGCAACUAUGAGAGGAUUCUGGACCCACUGCCUCGAGGAAACGCCAGAUACCGAUACUUCACUGUCGGCAACAUCUUCCAAGGGAGAGGCUUGGCAGUUCCGUAUCACGUUGUCCACUACCAAUCAGGGAAUGAAGAAAGAAACAGGAACCGGAUCAUCAUCAGGGUCAGGGAGCAGAAUGUGGGAAGUACAAUAGACCAGGUCUACAUCACCCAGCAUUAUGAGACAUCAGACCAUAUGGGGACACAGUACGAUCCGGAGGAGACGUACCAGGUUACCGUGAACCUUUUAAGACGGAUCAGAGAAUUUCCUCUGGAGGGAAAUCAAAUGAGCACACUGGCAGAUCUCACAAACCGCUUUGGAAGCAACGCUGAUAAUUCCCAACUAAGGAACCUCAUCAAAACAUGGAAAUCCCUCGCUUGUCUCGGACUGUUUUUGAUUAUCGUGAUCGAGGAAAAGCACUCCCCGGCCCAGCGCAACAACAGACCAAAGCCUGCGGCGAGAAGGAACACCGAUGUGGUUGUCAACAUCCCAGAAACCAGAGAUUUCAUAGGAUGUCAACUAGUGGUAGGAAGCGCUGAAAUAACACUGAAGGUGAUGGCAGGUACAAACGGAAAAGCCAGAAUUGUUUGGGACAACGUCCCUCGACAUCUUCUAAAUGAAGGUGUGAUGGUAGCACUUUACAAGAAUAACGAAGACGAGGAUGCCAUGAUCUCCAAGCAUAUCAGGACUGGAUCAGGCAGUCUUGACACGUCUGUCCCUCUGAACGAAGGCCUUCAGGUCCGACUGCAUGAGAGGAAGACCUUAUACUGUUUCUGGUCACGGAGGGGAGAAGAGAAAUGCAGAGGUCCUGAGUUCAAGAAUCCCAUGCCAGUCAACAUAGCAGACUACGACGCAAAACUGCAACUGUUUGUGAAAGACGGGAAGGCUUGUGCUCGAUUAUACGUGAAGAAGUCCUUCAGGGAGUGGAGGACGGAGUUUAAAAAGUCUUGGGUUGGGUUCUACAGCUCUGCACAAACAGCCACCAAAGACUAUGAGUGGUGGCAGUGGCAGUGGGCAAAAAAAUUCCAGCCAAACCCGAAUUUUGAGGACUUGUCUUAUGAUAUCUAUGAGUACCGCUCAGGUAUGGCAGCUGCUCCAGGUGUCCAAGCACGAUUCAUCCUCCAGGGAGAGGAGAUGGAGACAGCUCGCACUCCGGUCUGGGGGGAGUGAAGACUGGUUGAGUUGUACUGCAGACAAUCUUAACAAAAUACAAAAUAAAGCUUUAAAAUAUCAAAUCCAUCGCAAAUUUAAAAGCAUUGCUAUGACGGCUCAAACCAGUCCUGCCAUUAUAAUGUCCGUUUGUAUAUCUAAAGACAAUCCUGAAUUAAAUACCACCCAGGAGACAAUCUCACAGAGGCAGAUUUAAAAGAUUUAAAGUUUUCUUUGUGUUAUGUGUUGUUUUACUCCAUAAAACAUCAACGCUGGCAGAUAAGAAACUUCACUGCAGAAAUGUUUAUAAUGAACAGAUUCUUGACCAUACAGCAUUGACUGAUUUAAUUUUAUGAGAUUUUUUUAUCAUGUUAAAAUUUUGUGUAACGUUUUCUUUAAAUGACAAUGAAUAUGCAUAUUUUUACAUAAUUUUUUAAAGACUAUAUGUGAAAUGCCCUUUGAGUCUCUCCAACAUGUUUUCCUGCUGUGUGUUUUGUUUGGUUUCCAUACCGUUGAUUUUAUUGUGUACUAUAUUUGCUUUCGUUUGUAAAUGUUCCUCAGUUAAGAUGGAGAUGUGGGACAUAUUUAUGAUCCCGGCAAACCGUCCAGAGUCUUCAGGAUUUCAGUCCAGUUCAGUCGGACAGUUAACUUCAAUCCAGACAGCAGACAAUCGUAAGAACAGAGUGAUCACCAAGAUGGACCAAAAACCUGCAGACUGACUUCUGAGGCAGACAUUUGUCAAAAAUCUCACUUGUCUAGGAACAAAAAAAAGAGGAAAAACAGCAUCUAAAGUUUUACUAGACGCAGAUUUAAAGUUUAAAGGUUGUGUUUCAACAAAUACACAGGGGUCAUUCCAGAACCGGAGGACAUUUUACGUCCCACCCAUCAAAAUUCAAAUAAUCCAUGUACAAAAUACUAAAACAUGCAGUUGUUGUGUAAAUGUUCUUGUCCUGAGCUGAGCCAAUCAAGCCUUGGAUAGUUUAUUACCUAUUAUUGAUGACUAUGGAGCAGAAAAUAGUAAAAGAGAAGGUUUAUUUUUCAAAAACUUUGAAGUCCAAAUGUCCUCCAGUUCUGGAAGGACCCUAGCCUAGCCGCGCUAGACAACCCACGGCAACGAAUUUAAUUCUCUGCCAGGGUGGGUCUCGUUACCCUCCAUAAGGCUUGAGACUGGAUUCUACUAAAACUGGCCGGACGAAUCACCAUAAAGUGUAGAGUCAGAAGGCGGGCAUAACUGAGUGACAACAGAGACGCGACGAUUCUGACAGAAACAACCAACGCACAAUAUCUUUCGACUCGGCUUUGGCCACAGCCCUUAAAGAUUUGAAGCUAAAAUUCAACUUGAAAGAUAAACAAAGGACGGCACUGAAGUGUUUCAUUGAAAAAAAAGACGUAUUUGGACUUAUGCCGACGGGAUAUGGCAAAUCCUUAAUAUACCAGUUGGCUCCGCUGGUUGGGAAGCUAAUGGGACUUAGCCAC